ACACUCUUCACCACCAAACAAACCAAAACAGAAAGAGAAAAAAAAUGACCCUAAAGCUGUGGCUUUGGCUCUCUCAAUCUAGCCAUGGCAUCAACAAUUACCCCCUCCACUUCUCCCCUUUGCUACUUCUACACUAGUCCCAUUUCAAGAUUUGCUUGCACCUUCAAAAUCAGAGCUUCAUCUUCAUCACCAACUACCAUGGCCGCCGCCUCCGCCGCCAAGGUAGUACCCGCCGUCAUAGUCGGCGGCGGAAGGGUCGGAAGGGCGUUGCAGGAAAUGGGAAACGGCGAUGAUGUUUUGGUGAGGAGAGGGGAGCCUGUGCCGUUGGAUUUUGCUGGGCCCAUAUUGGUUUGCACGAGGAACGAUGAUCUUGAAGCCGUUCUUCAAUCCACUCCUCAGUCUCGAUGGAACGAUUUGGUAUUCUUCCAGAAUGGAAUGCUGGAGCCGUGGUUUCAUAGUAAAGGUUUGGGUGAUGCAGACCAAGUUUUGGCAUACUUUGCCAUAUCAAAGCUUGGCGAACCUCCUAUUGACGGAAAAACAGAUACUAAUCCCGAAGGCUUGACUGCUGCUUUCGGGAAAUGGGCAUCUGCAGUGGCAGCAAGAUUACAUGCUGGAGGCCUUUCUUGCUAGGUAACGCAUGAGAUUUGUAUCAUAGAAGUAAUCAAGAACUCGAGACUAGGUUAUGGGCAGCAGUAAUGGCUUCAGUUUAGGAGUAACUAAGAAUAAUCUGACAGCUGUGUGUUUCAUGGAAGCCUAAGUUAUUUUGGAAGUUUCUCCCAAACCAAAACAUGAUGUUAGAUGCAUGUACAAUGAAUUGAACUAUGGAGUAUAUUGUUUGAUGAAAUGGAAAACAUAAUCCAAUUCUUUGGUGGA